AUGUACUCCGGGAACAGCAGCAGCGCCAGCAGCAGCCAGGCGCCCGGCCCGGGGCAGCAGGAGCAGCGGGAGGACCUGCCCCUCUUCAGCCCCAGCACCUACGAACUCCUGGCGCUGCUCAUCGCCACCAUCGGCAUCCUGGGCUUGUGCAACAACCUGCUGGUGCUGGUGCUGUACUACCGCUUCCAGCGGCUGCGCACCCCCACCAACCUCUUCCUGCUCAACAUCAGCCUCAGCGACCUGCUGGUCUCGCUCUGCGGGGGGACCCUCACCUUCGUGUCCUGCCUCCGCAGCCGCUGGGUCUGGGACGCGCCCGGCUGCGUCUGGGACGGGUUCAGCAACAGCCUCUUCGGAAUUGUUUCCAUCAUGACCCUCACCGUUCUCGCCUAUGAGCGCUACAUUCGAGUCGUUCAUGCAAAAGUGAUUGAUUUCUCUUGGUCCUGGAGGGCCAUCACCUACAUCUGGUUGUACUCGUUAGCUUGGACAGGAGCGCCCCUUCUAGGCUGGAACAGAUAUACACUGGAGAUACAUGGACUGGGUUGUUCAGUGGACUGGCGGUCAAAAAACCCCCGUGAUGCCUCCUUUGUGCUCUUUUUCUUUCUUGGUUGCCUAGUGGCACCUGUGGGGAUCAUGGCCUAUUGCUAUGGCCAUAUUCUAUAUACAAUAAGAAUGCUUCGCUGUGUUGAAGAUUUUCAGACCAUUCAAGUGAUCAAACUCCUAAGAUAUGAAAAGAAAGUGGCUAAAAUGUGUUUUUUAAUGAUCUCCACAUUCCUUAUCUGUUGGAUGCCUUAUGCAGUGGUCUCCCUUUUAGUAGCUUCUGGCUACGGCAACCUUGUAACUCCAACAGUGGCUAUUAUCCCAUCUUUCUUUGCCAAAUCAAGCACUGCAUAUAAUCCAGUCAUCUACAUCUUCAUGAGCAGAAAGUUUCGACGAUGCCUUUUGCAGCUCUUGUGCUUUCGCCUGCUAAGAUUCCAGAGGACCGUGAAAGAAAUACCAGUGUUAGGGAAUGAAAAGCCAAUAAGACCAAUAGUUAUGUCCCAGAAAGCUGGGGACAGGCCAAAGAAGAAAGUGACUUUUAGCUCUUCCUCAAUCAUUUUUAUCAUCACUGGUGAUGACACCCAGCAAAUGGACAACAGCAGCAAACACAAUGGCACGAAAGUAAAUGUGAUCCAAGUAAAGCCACUAUAG